UGUUGUAGUGUUUCCUAUUGUCCUAACGUGUGUUGACUCCAAGCCAAAAGACUUGGAGUUUUUGGAUGAGUUUAUAGAAGAUUUGAAGGGUAUUCUAGAGAGGGGAGUCCAAGAUGGGGAAAAGGUUCUAACUGUUACAGUAAGGGGCAUUGUUUGUGAUGCUCCUGCAAGAGCACUUGUUAAAGGCAAAAUUUCUUUCAGCCGUCAAUGAAAUCUUAUCAACAAAUUCUAGAAAUUUGCCGGUGUACAACGAGCUGAUCUCCCUUGCAGAAAAAGGUAUAAGCGCUAUUUUAAUCCUUGUACAAGUGGACAAUUUUUUGACAGAAAUAUGCACAUACAAGCAACGUCUCUUCACAAGGAAUUCCUACAACUGGCACUACAAGAGAAAGACAAUCUCAACGAAGCAGUGGUUCUUAGAUGCGCAUGACCUUUCAUCGCACGAAACGCCUUCGAAAAGUUUUAUGAACAUAACACCUGCAGGAAGACGUUCUCAACCAAACAUUAAUGGCUUCCAAAGAUCAGUUCUCACCAAACUGGAAACAUUAAUUGUUAAGCAAGAAGAAACGUUGUCAAUAUUGCGUGCUCUGUUAAGCGCUACGAAAGGUGUAGACGAGCACGAAAUUUUGGAAGAUGUUGUACCUAAUGCCUUUGAUUCGGUUUAAGAACUUGAGGACUAUCCUCUAGUCUUGAUGAAGAAAAGUCCAGAAGAAAGUUGCUGCAGUUUUUGGUAGCACUGUGGCAAACACCUGUGCAAACAGUGUUAGAAGAAUUAUGAAAAAGCUGGGAACAAAUAAUCUAUGGUCCCAAUAUAGUUUAAAAGUCAGAAAGUCAAAGCGACCAUUUCAGCACCUUGCCCUCUGCAAAGUUAUAACAAGCCAAGGUUUGUUCAAUCUACCAACGCUGAGGCAGAUAGAACACAUUGAUGCCUUGAUAAUUCUUUAUAUUACGUGAAAACCCAAUUCAAUAAUUGUUUUAUUAUUUAUAUAAAAAAGAUAGUGUUGGUUAAAUGUGAAAAAGGUGCCAUAACGAUUAAAGUUUUGUUCACUUGUUUUGUUUCUCGUGCGUAUGAGAUGACGUUGUAGAGCGAGAUAAUUUCUUAUAUCCGACGUACGUACGUAGUGGCAUUCAUAUAAGUGGAUUUAUUCGAUUGCUUUUAAGUGAAUAAAACUAAAAAAUACUUUGAUCCAUAUGUUUAUAUAAAUUACAUUAGGAAGAUAUACAUACAGCAGACGAUUCAGUUUUCCAUUUAAAUGACAUCUUUUACAAACAAAUAAGUCAUUGUUGUUGUAGGUGGUAAGACAUAUAAAAUGAUAUAUAGACUACCAUUUUUUAAUGAUCAUAUAUGUUA